CUGAUCCACUAGGUUAUGGCAUCUCAGCUGAGAGCAGCUGUGAGGUUAAACUCUGCUAAACCUAUUGCAACAAUUGUUUGGUUUAUAAAUGGCAGCUUUAUCACUCCAGAUAAAGGUGUGAGCCUAAACACGAGGUUUAUAACGAAAAGAAGAAAAAUAUUAUCCUGGAAGAUUAUGUCCUACGUAACCUCGACUCAGUAUUGUAUAUUUUAAACGUUUAAGGCAUCAUGAAUAUUCGUAAUGACUGAAGUUGGAAGUGGAAUAGGGUCGUCAUCAGUGGCGACCGGUCAUGGCUGGCGACAGUGUCUCUAUUGCCAAGGUCGCAUCUUUAAACUUCCAAAUGAUUUUAUUAAACAUAUACGGGAUUGCCAUUGUGCAAAGGAAGGUGGAAGUUUUGUAUGUAGGUAUGGCUACAAUGGUGUGUGUUCAUCAUUACCACUUGAGGGUGUGAGUGACCAGGAUUAUGAGGACCAUGUAUUAAAACACCAUGCUUUCACCAUGCUUAGCAAAGGAAGUUCAGGAGUGAUAUCGAAGUCCCAAGCAAGAAGCAGAGAGGAGAAAUGGGGCGUCUUCUCCUCAACUCAAAAUGUUCCUUCUGUACUUAAUGAUCCAAGAAAGGGGAUGACGCGUGAUUUUUUCACUAAAACUUGGGGUGAAAGUUUUGUAGAAGUUCGAGAAAUUCCUGCUCAUGUGGCCCUCCCUCAAGUUACCACCAAACAUGUGGAGUCUUAUGUCAGGCGAUUACGCAAAAGGCAAAAGCUCCUUGCUCGAUUAGCUACUUUGCAAGCUGGUAAAGCACAGGAGGCUGCAGAAGAAUCUUCUCUGGAACCUAAUCCUAGAGUAACUGAUCAGUUAUCUCAAGAGGGAGUUCCAGCAAUCUUUCUUUCCAGUGGAUUCUCUUUGAAAGACCCGGACACUUUUUAUUCUGUUUUCUCACAUGUAACAUCUGCAGGAGUGUCACUUAAAAAUGCAAAAAUCCUUCAAGAGAAGCUAUUCCACUAUUUAGAAAUUGUUGAAGUGGAUAUGAGUAGGCAGAUAGCAAGAAAAUCCUCGGCAUUUUUUGAUACUAUGACUUACCUAAAUGCUCAAAUGGAGCAGUUGAGACUGAAUCAUGCUGCAGUUUCCACUCUCAGAAGAGGCAUCUCAACUUUACAUCAGGAGGCUGUUGUGGAGCCACUAAAAAUUUUAGCCUUGCCAAGAAGAAGAGACAAUAUCACUGCUACAUGUAAAAAGCUUGAAGUAAUGAGUGCCGUUCGUGAAGUUCAAGCAACUAUCCAGGUGAUGCUGGCAAGACAGGAGUUCACUGCUGCACUUGAUCUUAUUUCUACUACGCAGGAUCUUCUCCAUACAGAACUCAGUACCAUCAGAAGUCUCAAACACUUGAGCUCGGAACUGUCAGAGCAUGAAAAGCUAAUUGACAAAAUGGUAUCUGCUGAUUUCAUAAAAUAUAUUACUGAAGAUCUCAAUCGACCACUUGAUGAUACACAAACGUUACUUGAAGAGGACCACUUAAUUGCUGUAGUAUUUGGAGUACUUCGGCUACAAAAAUUUGAUUUUUUAGAUAAUUUCAGAGAAGAAAUAUAUACUGCAAUAAAGGCUACAGUCAAGCAGGCUGUUGUAGAGGCUGUCAGUAAGGUUGAAAUAGAUCAGGAGUCAGCUAGCGUUGCAGAUCAAGCCCGGGUACUAUCUAUUGGUGCUUGGCUCUCUCUCCUGUCAGUUGUUACAUCGUGGUUGAACAUUGUCAUAGCAAGAGUUAAGGGCAUAAUAGAAGUUAUGGUGCAAACUGUAGAAGCGGGAGCAGGGAGGACCAAGCCAGUCACUGAAGGAGUUCAGACUGCAUCUCUAGUCACACUAAGCAGUACAGAUGGGGAAGCAGUCCUGGGGGAAGUAGCGUGUGGACGGGUUUUAAGUGGCUUGCGUGAAAUUUUGUGUUCCACGUGUGAUUAUGCUCAUGAUCGCUGUGCCAAACUUCUUCAUGCAAGAUCAAGAGAGCAUGGCCUGGACAAAAUGACAGCAAAUGAAUUCCUAACUCUUUCACGCAUCAUUGAAGAUUUUGUGGCUGAUGCGGAAAAUGUAUGUGGGCGUAAAAGUACUUCGUUCCGAAUGGGGUUACAAGGACAGGCUACAAGAUUUGUGUUGCGAUUCCAUGAGGAACGUGAAGCCAGGUACAAACUGAACAUGAGCAGUGAAAGGUGGAGAGCUGUUCAUGCUCCCCCAGACCUCCAGCGCCUCCUUGAUCACAUCUCGGCUACUGAUACUUUAGUAACGCCACCUGCCGUCCAAUCAGACACAGAAUACAAGGAGGCCAGCACUAACUGCAAUAAGAGCACAUCAAGUACUGCCAUAUCCACUAUCACUAUAAACUCUAUGACCACCACCACCACUGUUAGCAAUGGCAUUACUGAACCAAACUCCAAUACUGGGAGCAGUGGCAACAACAGUGAUGUAAAUGGCAGUGGUAGUAGUGGUGGUGGUGGCAGUGUGGUAGUUGGCAAUGUGGAAUAUGUUGUGGUGGGAGUCUGUGUAGUGGUAGUUAGAUUAAUUGUGGAAUAUUCUGAGUGCGCCUCCACAUUGAGGUUAGCAGCACAGCAGUUACUUACUCGACUGACUGAUCUUCUAAGAAGGUUUAAUUCAGACACCUGCAGACUUUUGAUUGAGGCAGGAGCUGUAGCCCUUGGACUGAAAACUAUAACAACUCGGAACUUGGCCUUAGCCUGGCGAUCCUUACAGUUGUUACUAACCUUGCUACCACGUCUUAACACUCAUUUCUCUACUCUCCUCCGACCAGCUAUUGUUGCAAAAAAUAUUGAACAGGUAACAAGAGAGUAUCAAGAGCAUUGUGAAGCUAUAGAAGCUAAAAUUGUAGGUGUAAUGAGUGACACCCUAGAACGACAGUUAGCCACUUGGGAAGCACGCUCACCUGUCCCUUCUCCAGUAUUUACAGGAAUCUUGAAGGCUGUAACUAAGUUACACGAGGCUGUGUCAGGAGUCCUACCUCGUCAGCAGAAAUACCAGUUAUUUGAGAAAAUUACUGCUGUGCUGAAAGAGAAACUUAAAGUCCAUCUAGUUCGACUUAAUGUGUCAUCUGUUGGGCCACAAAGUUGGGUUGUGACAAGUGAACUGACCUUUUACUUCAACCACCUAGAGGGUCUUGGAUUGAAUGGCCUUGUAUCUCAAGAGGAGUUCACAACAGGCUUAUGGCCUCCUCGUUAAAACAUGGUUCACAGAUUAUGUGUAAUAAGUGCAAACUUCAGAGUAAAUACUAGAAGUUAAGAUAUUUAUGUGGAUGUAUAGUAUGGAUUCCCUUUAAUUUCUCUCUUGAACAGUUAAUGUACAUAGGUUUAUUAUUGUAAAUAUUUUGGCACAGGACUUUUCAUAGAACAAAAUGUGAUAUAUAGAUGCAUCAGUAUUGUCAAGACAGGUGGUUGAUACAGCACACUUUCUCCUUAUUUCUGGUAAAUAUUUAUUGGUUAUACUUCAAGAUGAGGAAUGGCUGUAGUCAUUAUCACUUUAAUGUGAUAGUUUUUUAAAUCAACUAAUUUUGUCUAUAGCACAUAUUUAUACAAAUAACCCAUACUUUUUAAGGUGGUGUGUAUUGUAUUAAUAAUUAUAGAUUGACCAUAUGCUUGGCACAUGUGAUGAACACUGUCUUAUGUCAAGCAUUAUGAGGCCAUUUUGUAAGGCUGUUUCAGGGAUCGCACUUUUAACCACUGAUAAUUUACAGCUUGGUGGUCAGUAAAAGAUUGUUCUCACUGCCAGUUUCUUAAUUGGUGAAUUACAUUAAUUCUCAACAUAAUACUCUCAGUAAUCAGAGAUGAAUAUUAAUCUGCCAGCAUAUCCUCAGUAAUCAAUCAUGAAUAUUUAUUAACCAUCCUAACACUUAAUAAUUAAUAUAUUCUAAGGAAAUUGGUAGUAGAGUACAUAGUUUUUCAGCCGUUUGAUUUUUGGUUAUAGGGAGUAUUUUAAUAAAGGAAAUCUAAAACCUUUCAACAUCAGUGAUAAUAUUUUGUUUACAUGAUAAUGUAGCUUCCUCUAUUGCUAUGCAGAAGUAAUUCAGAGCCAAUUCAUUGCCAAUAUACCAUCUUUUAUUAACCAGCCAAGUAGCAGGUAUAUCUGUUCAAAGCAUUCCAGUUCUUGUCCAUUAUCAUAGUUCUACAUAUUAACCUCUUUCUCCUGAUAUUCUUCCACCAAAACCACCUUUCCUCUUCAGUUUCUCUCAACUUUUAGCAUUUUCCAUGUAAAAUUUAAUAUUAAUCAUCCGUGCUGAACUUUAUACACAUACAAACAUCUUUUACUUCAUACAUAUCUUGACUCGUUAAUACUUCAUCCUGUAAUCAUCUAUUCCCUCAUCUGUAAGAUAAUGUAAGUACUGCAAUUUUUUUUUUUUUUUUUUUUUUUUUUUUUUUUUUUUUUUAUUUUUUCUGUUCUAAACAUGCUUUGAAAUAUCCUCAUUUAUUAUGCUCUUUGUAUAACAUGACCACUCAUAAAAAAAAAUUUUUGUUGUUGACAUUGUGCUUUCCUGCAAAAAUCAUUCCCAGCCAUUUGAACCAUCUUAUAAGUAUUAAGACGAUUAACCCUUACUGUCCAAACGUACAUCUACAUUUGCACACGUAGUGCUCCAAACGUAGAUCAUUUUAUUUUUCAUUCCUUCAGAUUUGGCAAAAUAGGCUCGAGUCACCUAGACAUGAAAGAAUGGGUCUGUGCACUCGGUGUGCGCACUAUUAAAAAAAUCUGGGAGCACUUAGUACCUUGUGAUAGCACCAGUUCAAUUGAGCGCCAGCUAGAGCAAAUAACGUGGCAAACACCAGGGAUUCACUGAUGCCAUGUCGCAUUAACACCUCCAUUUUAAGAGGAAAGUAAAAAUAGGUUAGAUAAAUACACGAAUGAGUGGGUGCGAGUUGGACCUGAUUAGCUUGUGCAACUAGGUCUGAUGUCAUGCUCCUUCCUUCAACGGAUGUGACGUGACCCGACUAGGUGGGUCAUUGGUCUGAGCCAGGCGGGGUGACAUGUACCUGCCUUGCAUGGGCCAGUAGGCCUGCUGCAGUGUUCCUUCUUUCUUACGUAUUCGGCAGGCUGGCCGGCUAACUUGCUUUGGCUGUCUCUGUCUAUAUCUCUGUCUCACAUGUACAGAAAAGUAAUUAUACAUAGUGUAAAUUACCUAGGAUAAUCCAAAAAUUCCAGGCAAAGAUAGACAGUCAGAAACAUGUUUGUGUGUAUCAGUGAAAACAAAUAAAGCCAGGGUUCCCCCGAGCACCCAUUUAUCAAAUGUCACCGAGCUGAUAACAAUGUCAUAACAGAAUUCAAGGAGUGUAAUAUACAUAUACUCCAGACAGAGAGACAAGAAAUGUUCGUGUGCAAGCGAUAAAUAUAGCAAGGGUUAGCUGAAGCAGUGGGCAUUUAUCAAAUGUCACUGGGCUGUCAACAAUAUAGGGAUGCCUUUCAUAACAUGCUUCAAGGUAUAUGCCAGGGUAUCUAAAACAUUGCUGGGACCUAUAAAUACUUUGUGUAAUUUCUAGACAAUAGUAAAUAACCCAAGCAGGUGUAAAUGUUCACCUGUCAAUGUGAUUGUGACUAUUUGAGCACUAUUUCAGUACCUAAUAUUAGUGUCAGAACAAGAUUGGCUAUGAAAUUACAAGAACUAUUAUAAAUUGUAAAUAUCAUAACAUAAAAAAUAUAUAAAUUAAAAUAAAAACGAGAAAAAAAGGUAUAUUGGCAACACUUCUGCAAGUGGCAGGAGUCGAUGUUGCUGACAGGUGAGCAUCCAGAGCCAACUUCACGGUCUUACAUCUCGGUAAGUACUGACUCCCCAAUUUUUUUAAUCCUAUAACAUGUAGAAAAAUGUACUCUUCAUUUUAAAAGAAACUAUUUUUUUGUUUUUCAAAAUAUUAGGAGCGCCAUGUGAGUGAACGUAGAUCUACGUUUGGACAGUUCAAGGGUUAAAAGGAACAGUUGAAAUAUUUAUUUUGAAUAUGUUAGGCUUGCAUUUAUAGUACAUAUUUAAAGCAACCUACACUUCAGCAGAGAAAAAAGAAAGUGUCGGGAGAUUGAGGAUUGCCCAGGUAAGUAAAUGUAGUUGGAAAAGCAGAGGAUAAAAAAAAAAAAAUUGUAGCACAUGUAAGUCCAUAUGAAGAGAACAGCUAAUGAGUAUUGUUGUUUGGUCUGAUGCCGAGAUCCAGCCAGUGUUUCAUUGAGAACCUAAAAUAUACAGUACUCCUGUCACUGAACAUUUUUAACAUCAACAAACACUCCAUGUUGGUUUAUUUGUACUAGUGACCAAUAUUUAUUAUUCUUUAAAGUUUGGAUAGAAUAAUGAAAUUACAUUGUGGAAGUUAAGAAUAUGUACUAGGCCCCAAGCAACACUGCAUUGUGUGUAGUGAAUGACAGCCACAAGGGAGUAAAAGGGGUACACCUUUUCCUUCCCCACAGUAGUACUUCCAUGCGCAACCAAUGCCAUCCGGACUACAUCUUUUUCUAUGUGUAAAUUUAAAUGUGUGUGCAUAAUUUUAAUUUAAUACUUUAACCCUUUCACUGUCAUGUAGAUCUGCAUCAUUGACACCAAUGUUGAUCAAAUAGAUCUACGUCUUAAUCAUAGUGCACUUAAAUAUUUUUUUGAUUGGUAAAUUCUGGCCCAGAUAUGAGAGAACAGGUCUGGUGUGUGCACUAUUAAAAAAUGAUGGGAAAACUGAACCUUCUAGACCAGUGUUUGGGCUAAAGGAGCAACUUUGAUGUGUUUUCUAGGGUGGGUCUGCCGAUUGUUUCGUGGUAUCACUUGGUAGACUCAGACAUACUAGUGAAAUGAUUUUCAUUAGAUUGAGACCGGGUUACCCUGAAAUUGGCUUUAAAGUAGCAGAAAUAUUUAAUUUUUGUCAGUUUUCAUGAUACAAGGUAGGGAUUCCCCCCUCUCGCUCCCUCAGUCUGUUUUGAGAGUUUUUGCUAGGUCUCCUUCAGUUAUUUGGAUGGCUUAAACCAUGACCAAUCAUUCUUGGUUAUAAGCUGUGAAUUAGGAUAAAACUUCAGUUUUUCUGAAUGAUGGGUUCAAAAUGGAAGGUAAGUGUUAUAUAGGAGAGGCCUUUGGAACAUGAAUAGGGAACAGAAGAGGUUGCUUCAGUGGCUGGUAUACCUACAGUGUUUAUUUCCGACAGUUUUUAAACUGUAAUUUAUAUUUUGUGUAAAAUUGGGCAAAUUACUGACAUCUGGGUCAUUUAUAAAGUAGUUCUGCUAGUUAAAUAGGCAGUUUCUUCCACUCUCUCAUUAGAACAGAGGGCAUACUAGCAAAAUAGCCAGUAAUUAGCUUGGUUUAAGUAGCAGACCUAAGAAAAGAAAGGUAAAAUUAUUGAUGCAUAAAUUGUGGCCAGACUUCCAAUUUUGCACCUGCGUAAUUUUAUAAGUAUUCCAUUUUAUUUUGCAUUUAUAGUGUCAUUAUUUUCAGAAAAGUAUUUCCAUUUUUUCUUCAAACUGUAGCAUUUUCAGCACUAAUUUGAGGGGUUGUGACAGUGAAAGAGUUAAGAUUAAAAACCUUUCUGAAAAUUGAAUUUCAAUAGUAAAAUAAACAGCUCCAUGGGACUAUGGUUUCAAUGUUUCAAGAUGUGAAUGGUUCUCAUUUCCCUGUUUAAUUUUCUAAACAAAACAUGUCAAAUUUUCACAAUAUUGUAAUGUAUUUUCAUAGUCGCAAAUUUAUGAAUAACUUAGAAAUAAAAUUUGAAAUAUUAAAAAUUAUUGCUACUCUCUCUUUUAUAAAGGGAAAUAAAAUAAUAUUGUAAUUUAGAAGUAAAAAUGAUAAAACCAGAUACAGUAGAUCCUUGAAUAACACAUCUAAAAAAAUUUUUUUUUUAAUAAAGUUGAAAUAUGGUAGCACAAACCUGCAUAACAGUGUAAAACUGUAAUAUCACAGUGUUUUUUAGAAAAGUUGGCUUAGACAUUAAAACUUUUCUAUUUGGAAAUUUACAUGGCCUGUUGAAAGCCAGUUCCUGACUCUGGAUCAGUUCGGAAUAUGAUGUAGCGGCCCUCUUGACCUCAAUGGAAGACUGAUUCACAGGUAUCAGUUGUGAGUCGUCUACCUCUUAUUGUGUAACCCUCUCCAAAUGCUGCUUUAUCAACAAGCAAAGAACAAGGAAUUUAAAGAAUAAAUUUUAAUUACCACUAGUAUAAAUAAGAAAACUAUAUUGAAAUGCAAGGUCAGCUAACAGAUAACCCACAGCAAUCUGCUGCUCAGUUGAACUACAUGUACAUCUAAUAGCAAAAUAAUUUAAUGUAGGGUAAAUUUUUUUUAUUUUUAAUUAAAUUUAUAAUAACCACAGGCAGUAUAUUAACCUUGUUUCUCUGAAUGGAACACCACGCCCAUUUUCUCUGGAAGAGAGAGUGUAGUGUGUGAAGCACCAGCUUCCCCUGGGCUUUAUUUAAUAAGGUUGUUUAGUAACUUAAAAUUUUAUUUAUGAUUUGGUACUAAACAUUUAUAUAUCAACAAAGGACUACAUCCACAAUGGAAGCUGUCAAAGCACUUUUUUAUUUAAAAUUUUUUUAACUUUGCUUUACAUGAUUUGGUGUAAUAUGCUGUUUUCAGGAUUGUAACUACCAUGUUAAUCAAGGGUUUACUGUAUUAAACUUCUUUAAUUUUAAAUUUGUUUGUUUUUGCAUAAAAUAAUGAUAGGUAUUGCCAUUCUUUUCAUGCAUUGUCAUAAAAGCAAUAUUUUAUCAAUGAGAAAAGAAAAUUUUGAAAUUUGGUAAAUAGACUAUUCAAAAAAAUAAAUUUGUUCACACAAACAUGCACAUAUACAAUCUUAUACACGUAUAAACAUUUAUGCAACUGCCUAUUCCAACCAUUUUUUAAAUUAUAUAUAUAAAAAAAAAAGUUAUAAAAAGUCACUUACAGUGUGUAUUUAAGUUUAGGUAUGUGAUUAUGUACUCUUUUUGCAAUAAUAGUUAAUUGUUCCUACAGUGAAUUUUGAUUUGUCACAUCAUUUACACUCCACAUUAGAAAUUAUCAAUAUUUCUAAAGAUGAUUGGUAUGAGUUAAAGACUUAAUAUCUGCUAUAACUGCUUUAGGACUCUGAACUGAGUUGCAAAAUGUGAUUCCAGAACUUGACCAAGUAGUGAACAAAAUGUAUAUAGUUCAAAGGUAAAAAUAAAAUCUUGGUAACCCUAAAUUUUCUUAAAUAUUUAAGUUGUGUACGAUAAAUAAUUAAUACAAAGUUGAUAAGACCUGUUUUGCUAGUGUUCUGUAAUUUUUGGCAGAUGAAAUAUGACAUUCCAGUUAUUUUGUCUAUUUGGUAAUUCCUUCUUUAAAAUUAUAUAAUUAUAUAUAAUGGGUAGGGGAUGUGUAGAUCAAGUGUUUACAUUGAAGCAUAUAUGUGAA